GGGUAUAAAAUCAUUAAUAAACACGUGCGAACUGCUAAUGUAGACAAACAAAUUGAUUACGAUAAUUUAUUACAAAAUAUAUAUACGGAAGUUGAAGAACAUAUAUCCAAUAAAAAUCGAAAUGAAACCUUCAGAAUCAUCAGAUUCGGAGGAGGAUUUAAAUCCCCAAACUCACAAGAAAUCCUUGGAGAAGUUAAAAAAAAUUGAUCCUGAUUUCUAUAACUUUCUUGAAGAAAAUGAUGAAAACUUGUUGAAUUUUGAUGUGGAUUCCGAAGGGGAUGAUGAAGACGAGUCGGUGCAUGUGCCUGGGCCGUUAACUGGUGAUAGCGAUGAAAGCGAUUUUGAGGAAGAAAAUUCUAAACCAAUUAAAGGUAAAAUCACUCUCAAACAAGUAAAACAGUGGCAAACAGAACUCCAAAGUGAGGGUAAAAUAAAACAAACAACUUUGACUACUGUUAUAAAAGCCUUCAAUGCAGCCAUGUUGAGGGUUACCAGUGAAGAUGGUACAUCACAAGGGGAAUUUAAAGUUGAAGGUUCAUCAGUUUUCAAUGCUGUUAUUCAGAUGUGUGUACUCUACUUACCGGCUGCUUUAAAAAAAUAUUUGGGCUUUGAGCAGUCUGGUAAAGAUCCUAGAAAUUGUAAACACUUUGUAAAAAUCAAAGGCCCUUUAAUAGCAUAUUUGAAUGACUUAUUACAACUUCUUAGUGGAGUUACUUCUGAGAAUAUACUGACUGUACUAUUAAAACAUUUACACCAAAUGUGUUUCUAUGUUGCUUGUUUUGGAAGGAUAUCUAAGCAAUCACUGAAAAAAUUGAUCAUACUUUGGAGUACUGGUGAAGAAACAGUAAGAGUGUUGGCUUUUCUUUGCAUUUUAAGGAUUACAAGAAAUCAACAAACUGCAUUACUUGACCGCGUCCUCAAGGCAAUGUAUAUGACAUAUGUGAAGAAUUGCAAGUUCGUCAGUCCAUCCACAUGGCCUGGAAUCAAUUUCAUGAGAAGGUCCUUAGUAGAGAUGUUCACCUUGGACAUAAAUGUGUCAUAUCAACAUGUUUUCCUAUAUAUCAGGCAACUUGCAAUCCAUUUAAGGAAUGCCAUUGUGGUGCAAAAAGUUGAAAACCGCCAAGCAGUAUAUAAUUGGCAAUUUAUUAAUUCAUUACACUUAUGGGCUGAUCUGUUAGGAGCAACAUCUAUGAAAUCGCAAUUACAACCAUUGAUCUACCCACUUGUGAUGGUAAUAACAAACACUAUAAAAUUGGUACCCACACAUCAAUAUUAUCCUCUAAGAUUCCAUUGUGUUGAGAUUCUAAUGAAUUUAUCUAAAGAUUCCAAUACAUUUAUACCAAUAUUACCAUUUAUUGUAGAGGUGUUGACUUCAUAUGACUUCAGUAAGAAGCACAAAAAAGUUUCCAUGAAACCUAUUGACUUCUCAUGUAUUCUCAGACUUGCCAAGUCUCAACUAGCAGAGAAUGGAUUCAAGGAUGCCGCCAUAGAGAGAUUAUAUGGUUUAUUGUUGGAGUACACAGCAAAUGAAUCACACACUAUUGCCUUCCCUGAUACCACUCUUCUUGCUGUUAUGCAGAUAAAACAAUUCUUGAAAAACUGUUCAGUUGCUAAUUACACAAAGAAACUAAGACAACUGCUUGAAAAAAUAGAAGAAAACGCUAAAUUUAUUGAGUCUGAAAGGUCAAAAAUCAGCUUCUCGUUAAAAGACGAAAAAAUGAUUGCAGCAUGGGAAUCUAGUAUAAAGACUAAAGGGACACCUUUGUCCAUAUUCUUUGACAACUGGAAUAAGGUAAAUAGAAUACAAAAACGCAAGAAGAUCACUAAAAAUGACGAGAUAGCUGGAGCUGGAGAGCUGCCAAUGAUAAAAAGGCCGAAGAUUAGUGAAGAAGAAAUAACUAAUACAAAAAUAAAGAAAGGACCAUUAGUACUGUUCCCUUCAGAUAGUGAGGAUGAUAAAAACCCGUUGGAAGUAGAAGAAACAAGGAAACAGAAAAAGGUAAAGAAAAUUAAGAAGAAAAAGGGUAAUAAACAGACAUUUGUACAACAAGAAAAUAAUAUAACUGAUAAUGGCGACAUUGUUAACGAUUUGAGUGUUAAUGAUUGGUAAGA